AUGCUCUUGGACGUUUACCAUUACACUUGGCUGUUGUGGAUAAACGUUUACACCAUCGAACAGUUACUGGAAAACUUAUCAGAAGAAUCAAUCAAUGUGAAGGAUGGGCUUUUAGGCUGGAGUGCAUUAGAUUAUGCGUUUGUUUUUGGAAAAAUCAGAAUGAUUCUCACGCUGUUAAAACAUAAGGCGAUAGUGCAUGAGCAAACCUUACUUGAACUAACAGUUGCAAGUAAAUUAGGUGGUCUAUUAACCCAUGCAGAUCUAUGUGGACAAUGUUUGAACGCUUAUGAACAUACCAAAAUGUUCGCAGAAAGCUUUCAUCGAAGAGUGGUCGAGUAUUUGCUCAACGAAAAACGUGUUGACAUAUUCCAUCCUCAGGUUGAUCUACACGACGCAUCGAUCGUUGAGGCAAUGAUAGUAGAUAACAUGCAAGAUUUAUUUAAACAAUUCGUCAUUCAAUCGAGAGGAAAGAUUGAGGAAGCCAAAUUCAUAGCAUUGUUGGAAAAGCCAGGCAUAUAUCGAACACACGAUACGACAAUGAUUAUUGCGAGUGAGUUAAACGUUUCUCUUCCAAAGGCAGUUGAUAAUGAAGCACUAAUUGGUACUCUGAAGUUUGCCAUUGAGAGAAAAAACAUGAACUCUUUUAUUUUACAUUUCCAACAACUCUGCUUUAAUCUAAAUAUUCACACAGUUGAAGAUAUGGAAGACAUGCCCUGUGUUGCUGAAGAAGAGUGUAAUUUACCGCCUAUGAUUGUAGAUACAUGUUCCUCUUCCUGUUGUAUCAAUCAAUCCGGAGAUGAAAGUGUUGCUCUAGGAGAUGUAAUCGAAAGUCUACUAAUUUACGCAGUGCGAGAAGGUAACCUACACGUAAUCAGGUACAUUGCUUGCAAGACUAACACCAUCAUCCAGAACGAGCUUAUUCGAACCAUCAUGCAAUGGUUAGUGAAGUUGAAGAGAAACAUUUCUCAUGAAAGAUGUAUACCUGCAUUCAAAUACCUCCUGCAUCAAUCAAUCGAUCUGCACAGUAUCGACGAUGAAGGGCGCAACCUACUUCAUUGGACGGCUCAAAACGGUUGUGUUUUCAUGUUGCACUGCUUGAUUGACAAAGGAUUUGAUUUGUCGGAAGUGAAUUCAACUAACGGAUGGAAUGCAUUUCAUUACGUUGCUUUCUUUAAGGAUGACACAUGGGCUGGAAACCAGCGAAAAUACAAAUUAUUGGAAUACAUUAUGGAAGCUUAUCAAGUGGAUUGGUUCGGUCUCUUGACAAGUAUGUUCGAUCCAAACAAGUUUGGUAGCCUUUCUCCUGAUCAACACAGCCAGUAUAAGCAUAUUAUGACCAAAUCACAAGUCUGUUUGAUGGCGCUGUUUGUUUUGUUUGACAAACCAACGAGAUCUAAACUGCUUACUUCGGAUGAACUACGCGAUGGUGAUCAAUGCUUACAGGAUAUUGCUAAAGUGUCUGAGCUCACGGGAAUAGUACAUGGAGUUAGAGAUGGUAUUCCUCAGUUCUGUCAUGACAUAUUUGCGGAGUACUUUGCAGCUUGUUGGAUGUUUGAUCAUAAGGAUCGAUUUUCCUUUUCCGAUCCGAAAGGAUCCUUUUUUCGAUCUAGUUCAAACUGGACGGGCAAAUUUUCUCGAAUGCGAGACUUCUUCGAUCAAAUGGUUAUACGGGAAAGUAAUUGAUGUACUUUACAACAGUCCUGCAGCUAGUAGUUUUCAGAAAAUAACUCCGAAGAUACAAUCAAUAUAAAAGAUGAGCUUUUCGGUUGGAAUAUUUUUCGAUUUAACAAAUGUUUUCGAACAAUUAUAUAAACAUGGUAAAUUUUAUAUCUUCCCUGCUCUCAAUCAAUGCAAACUUAGUACGAUAAGUAAAGGCGUUAAUUAAAGAGUUUUACAGGAAACAAGCUUUCUUUACAAUUACAAAUACAACAGCUGACACCAGACGGUGCAACGGAAGAAUAAAAUUAGGGGAAAUUAUGGAAAUAAUUAUGCUAAGUUCGGCCAUGGUCUGGGUUAGAUAGGUUCAAGGUAUACAAGCUUUAGAGUAAUAAGCGCCAUCGAAGGUGCUAACAAAAAUUAAUCGAGAGAACUUACGAAAACUUACAAACAAAACUAAUCGAAAUGAAACUUAAUAAUACGUCAGCGACAGUUUAAAAAAAAGUCGAACAAAGAUACUCACAAAUUGUUACAUUCGUAGUAACAACCCUUUAUAUGCACCCGAUGCAUUUGUAGACCGGAGAUGGAUAAAAAAUACCAGAAGUAUGUGACUAAUUAUAGGAACCAUGUGUGCAAAAUAGUGCUCACCACCCUUUUAAAUAUUGCGGAUCUCUUGGCUUUGAAAAUACAUUAAAAGCGGCCCGAAUUUAUUGAAGGCAUACAUUUUA